UCUCUCUUUGGUAGAUUAAAUUUUUAUUUUCUCUCCAAAGAUUUCCUUUUAUCGAGGAUUAAAAAAUCAACAAAUUCAGUUAUUUAUUUAUUCCGUUUAAUUUACGAAAAUUAAUUUAUUUAAAAAAGUUUAUAAUAUAACAAAAUGACAGUGAAUUCGUGCACAAAAUAAACAAGAAAAUCGUUCGUUUAUCCCAAACAUGGAGAACUUCGAAACUCGUGUCAUGUCCGAUUCUUCGUCCCUUAAAUUCGGCAUCGACAGGAUAUUGUCGAGUGACUUGUCCCCAAAAAAGUGUACAAAAGUAAUUUUCGCCCAUUACGCUUUCCCCGCUAAUUUCGGGGGUUGUGAAGGUUACCGGGAUCUUGGAUCGUCGAUCCCCCAGUCAUCGGCCUCGCCGAUCAAUCGAUCUUCCAAUUAUUCCGGACUCUUGGACAAUUACGGACAAUUUUACAGAACCGCACCUGUGCGGCCAGUCCCGAGAGUGCCGAUCCUCCAAACUCCAAACACAACGGUCACGAGCGAAACUGCUACGAGAAGGAAGAGAUCGUGGUCCAGAGCGGUCUUCAGUUCUCUUCAGAGGAAAGGCCUCGAGAGAAGAUUUUCGAUACAAAAGUACAUCACGAAACCUGACAGGAGACAACUCGCGGCGACUCUUGGACUGACCGACGCUCAGGUGAAGGUUUGGUUUCAAAACAGACGAAUGAAGUGGCGACACACCAAAGAGGCCGAGAGCUCAGCCUCGAACGGACCGGACUCGACGCAGCAGGAUUCGCCUCGUAAAAGUUUGAAAGAAAAUGGCAAACUCAUCGUCCAACCGGAAGCUGAAGACGACGAGGAAGAAAUCGAAGUCGACUGCGAGGAUAAAAUGUCGGUUUUUGGCCAAAAUGACGAGGCCCCUCGGAGGCGCGGAAGCGAGGCAGAAGCCGUUGGAUUUUUCUGCCGAGGAGCUGAUCGGUUAGUUUUUCCAUGUUCUGAUGGCACCAUGACAGCAAGGCCGGCGACCGAUCCGUUGAUCGAUCCAAAUGAAAAUCGGAGUCCCCCACCGAUCUACGAGGUUCCCGAGCCGAGGGUCGAGAGGCCAGACCUGCGGAAAGGCCUCUUGGGACUGGAGGACAUUCCUGGCCCGGCGAUCCUCAAAGUCUGGGAAAAGUACUGGAAAUACGUGCCAAUCCUUGGUACGCAACUGGUUUGCAGUUUGCUUAUCAACAAUUUGACUCAGGGGAAAUUGAAUUGGAACAAAAACUUCGUGCCGAUGAAAUAUCUUUUCAACAAAUAUGGCUCGAUAGUGAGAAUCAACGGGCCAAUGGUCGACGACAUCGUGAUGAUCCACAGGCCCGAGCACAUUGCUGAAGUGCUUCGUCAAGAGGGCGAAACUCCCAUUCGCAGUGGGAUCGACGUGCUUCAGCAUUAUCGAGUCAAUUAUCGAAAGUACCGACUGCCGGGUCCCUUUUCCAUGCAAGGCAGCGAGUGGCUCGAGAUCCGAUCCAAGCUGGAGAAGCCCUUUGCUGAACAAACGUCAAAAUAUUUUUCCCGAGUGGGUACAACCUGCGAGGAAUUCGCUCAGCGGAUCAGGGCGAUCCGGAACCGUCAGGACGAGGUCCCUGAUAAUUUUGACAAAGAAUUAUCGCGAUGGGGCAUGGAAUGCUUUUCUAUCCUGAUGUUCAACAGAAAACUCGGAUUCCUCGAUCCAGACGACGCCCAUUCACCGACUGAUACGACCGCGAUCAUCGACGCACUGACCAAAGCUCACGUUUACAUGAGCAGGUGCGAGACUGGAUUUCAAGUUUGGCGAUUUUUCGAAACACCUUGGCUGAAAAGUCUUUUUGAAGCUUGCGACGUCAUCGAUAACCUCAUCAACAAAUACAUUUCUCAGGCCGAAAACCAAUUGAGCAUGAAAUCGUCGAAGAAUCAUGAAAUUCAAAGUCUGCAGGUAGAACAGAGUUUACCGAUUCUGGAGCGACUGUUGACGAGUCAAAAGAUGCAUCCGGAAGACAUUUCAGCUCUGCUCAUGGACAUGAUAAUUCUGGGAGUCCAAGCUACCGUAAACAGCCAAGCUUUUCUGUUGUACUACUUGGCCAAGAAUCCAAGAGUCCAGAGGAAGCUUCGCGACGAGAUAAGCUCGGUGAUGUCGAACGGCGAAUCUUCGAUGACUCAGGAAAACCUCAAUCAAAUGACUUACCUUAAAGCUUGUCUCCGCGAGUGCCUCAGACUGAGGCCAGCUUUUCCUUACAUCAGCAGGAUUUUGCCGAAAAAUAUAACCCUCCAUGGCUACUCGAUCCCCAAAGGAACGUGCCUGAUGAUGGCGAACGAAAUAUCGUCUCAGCGAGAGGAGAAUUUCGAAGACCCGGCCAAGUUUUGGCCCGAGAGAUGGUUGAGCGAAGAAUCGAACGAGAAUUCGUGGCAAAAGUUCAGUUGUCUUCCCUUCGGUCACGGUCUGCGUUCUUGUCUGGGUAAAAAUUUGGCAGAAAGGAAAAUAAUGAUGCUCACGUCGAAGCUCGUGCGUGAAUUCAAGAUCGAGUACGAUUACGCGGACAUUGGGAGCAAAUAUUUGAUGGUCAACGUGCCAAACAGACCGCUCAAGUUUCGUUUCGUCGACAGAAAUUGAUCGCGGGAUUCCUCGG